AUCAUGGCGAGUCAGGAGAAGGCGAGUAUGGCAGGCCACAUGUUCGACGUAGUCGUGAUAGGAGGCGGCAUCUCAGGAUUGUCUGCUGCCAAACUCUUAGCCGAACAUGAAACUAAUGUUUUGGUUUUGGAAGCCCGGGACAGAGUUGGAGGAAGAACAUACACUGUGAGGAACAAACAUGUGAAUUACGUAGAUGUUGGCGGGGCUUAUGUAGGACCAACCCAGAACAGGAUCUUACGGUUAUCUAAGGAGCUGGGUUUAGAGACCUACAAAGUGAACGUAAAUGAGCGUCUUGUUCAGUAUGUCAAGGGGAAAAGUUAUCCAUUUCGGGGAGCCUUUCCUCCAGUAUGGAAUCCCAUUGCGUAUCUGGAUUACAACAAUCUGUGGCGGACAAUGGAUAACAUGGGAAAGGAGAUUCCAGCUGAUGCACCGUGGGAGGCCCCACAUGCUGAGGAAUGGGACAAGAUGACCAUGAAAGAUCUCAUCGAUAAAAUCUGCUGGACAAAGACUGCUAGACAGUUUGCAUCUCUCUUUGUGAAUAUCAAUGUGACAUCAGAACCCCACCAGGUGUCUGCCCUGUGGUUCUUGUGGUAUGUGAAGCAGUGCGGAGGCACCACUCGGAUAUUCUCGAUUACUAACGGGGGUCAGGAACGGAAGUUUGUAGGUGGAUCUGGUCAAGUGAGUGAACGGAUAAUGGAACUGCUUGGGGACAGAGUGAAGCUAGAGCAUCCUGUCACCUAUGUUGACCAGUCAGGUGACAACAUCAUCGUAGAGACGUUGAAUCAUGAACAUUUUGAGUGCAAAUACGUAAUUAGCGCCAUCCCUCCGGCUUUGACUGCCAAGAUCCACUUCAAACCAGAGCUUCCAUCAGAGAGAAAUCAGUUGAUUCAGCGUCUUCCAAUGGGGGCUAUCAUUAAGUGCAUGAUGUAUUACAAGGAGGCCUUUUGGAAGAAGAAGGAUUACUGUGGCUCUAUGAUCAUUGAAGAUGAGGAAGCUCCAAUUUCAAUAACCCUGGAUGACAGCAAGCCAGAUGGGUCGCUGCCUGCCAUCAUGGGCUUCAUCCUUGCCAGAAAGGCUGAUCGACUUGCUAAGCUGCAUAAAGAAAUGAGGAAGAAGAAAAUCUGUGAGCUCUACGCCAAGGUACUGGGAUCCCAAGAAGCUUUACAACCGGUGCACUAUGAAGAGAAGAACUGGUGUGAGGAGCAGUACUCAGGGGGCUGCUAUACUGCCUACUUCCCCCCAGGGAUCAUGACUCAGUAUGGAAGGGUGAUUCGUCAGCCAGUGGGCAGGAUUUACUUUGCUGGCACGGAGACUGCCACACGCUGGAGCGGUUACAUGGAGGGAGCAGUAGAGGCGGGAGAGAGGGCAGCUAGAGAGAUCUUGAAUGCUUUGGGGAAGGUGGCAGAGAAAGACAUAUGGCUUCAAGAACCUGAGUCAAAGGAUGUUCCAGCUGUGGAAAUCACCCAUUCCUUCUGGGAGAGGAACCUGCCUUCCGUGGGAGGCCUCCUGAAGAUCAUUGGAUUUUCCACAUCAAUCACCGCCCUGUGGAUCGUGGUAUACAAAUUCAAGCUGCUGACACGAUCCUAAAGAUUCAGCCUAAUGCUUUCUGCUUGCUCUUUCCCAGCACCAUCAAAAGCAAAACGUUGCCAAAUUAAAGACCUUGUCAUUGGAUCACCUUUAAGUGCACUGAAUUUAAUCUUUCAGUUUAGUCUUAGUCAAUGUUAAAGUGAAAACAAUCCAAAGAAUCACCUCAUUAAUUUCAGUCAGAUCAAGCUCCAUCUUGUUAUUUGUCUGUGUAGACUAACUUGUGUUGAUUGGUGGAAUAAAACCUUGUGAUCGUUUUCUUAAUUUCAAGAAGUUAAAGUUGAAAUGUUCAUUCUGAAA